AUGAUGCUUCAAUUUUCGAUAUCGCAAUGGUCGGCGCUCAUCGCACUGCUAUGCGCUGGACUGGCCAACGCCCAUACCGUCAUCACAUACCCAGGCUACAGAGGAAACAACCUCCACACCAACGGCACUGUCGAAGAGUCAAAUGGUUUAGGACAAGCUUACUUUAAUGGCUCGCUAAUCUACCCCUACGGCAUGGAGUGGAUGUACCCUUGCGGAGGCAUGCCGACAAGCACUAACCGAACGAAAUGGCCGGUCAAAGGCGGCGCCGUUGCCAUCCAACCUGGCUGGUUCCAGGGUCAUCAAACUGCCCUCAUCUACAUCAACCUGGGCCUGGGCACAAUCCCUCCGAACAUGAGCCAUCCUAUGGUCGCUCCCUUCCAGAUCACAGGCCCGACCAACAACCCUUAUCCUGGUACUAUCUGUCUGCCACAGGUCCCACUGCCGGCAAACAUUAGUGUGCAGCCAGGGGACCACGCCACUAUUCAGGUUAUCGAGGCUGCCAAGCACGGUGCAGCUUUGUACAAUUGCGUGGACAUUGAAUUCGCGGAGCCGUCGGAGGUAGAGGAAGUGACGCGUGACAACUGCUUCAACUCGAGCAUCAUCAGCUUUGGCGAGGUCUUCACAACGACGUCCCUCACAUCGGCGGCGGCGCCCAAGCCGUCGCUGAUGAGCAUACUGCCUGUUUACAUGGUAGCACUGUUCAGCUGGGCGAUGAUGUAG